CCCGCCUCGCCCGACGGGGUGAAGCCGGGACUCGGAGCCGGCCCGAGCCGCAGCGCAGCGGAGCCCCGGGGAGCCGGCCGCCGCCGCAGCGGGCCCGCCGGCGGGGCGCGGAGGCAGAGGGGCGGGUGAGGGGCGGCGGCCCCGCGGCGGCGGGGAGCCCCCGGCGGUGGGGGUGGGAGGCGGCGGUGGCCAUGGCGCUGCGGGCCCGGGCGCUGUACGACUUCAGGUCGGAGAACCCGGGGGAGAUCUCGCUGCGGGAGCACGAGGUGCUGAGCCUCUGCAGCGAGCAGGACAUCGAGGGCUGGCUGGAGGGCGUCAACAGCCGCGGCGACCGCGGCCUCUUCCCGGCCUCCUACGUGCAGGUGAUCCGCGCCCCCGCCGCCGAGCCGCCGCCGCCCGCCCGCUACGCCAACCUCCCCGCCGGCGGCUUCGAGCCGCUGCCGCCCCCCGCCGCCUUCAAGCCGGCGGCUCAGCAGCCCCCGCCGGCGGCGGCGCCCGAGCCCUUCCCGCUGCCCCCCGCCGCCGGCUUCCCCUUCCCGCCGGCGCCCUACGGCGGCUCCUACCAGCCCAGCCAGGGCAGCGAUGACGACUGGGACGACGACUGGGACGACAGCUCCACCGUGGCCGAUGAGCCGGGCGCCCUGAGCAGCUCCUACCCCGACUACGAGGCGGCGGGCGGCGGGGCCUCCGGCCGCUACCGACUGUCCACCCGCUCCGAGCUCUCCCUGGGCUCCCGCAGUGGCCACCCGGCCGGACACCCACACCCGCCUGGCACCGGCGGUGGCGGCGGAGCCAAGAGCUCGGCCACAGUGAGCCGCAACCUCAACCGCUUCUCCACCUUCGUCAAGUCUGGCGGGGAGGCCUUUGUGCUGGGCGAGGCAUCAGGCUUCGUGAAGGAUGGGGACAAGCUGUGCGUGGUGCUGGGACCCCAGGGUCCCGAGUGGCAGGAGAACCCCUACCCCUUCCAGUGCUCCAUCGAGGACCCCACCAAGCAGACCAAGUUCAAGGGCAUGAAGAGCUACAUCGCCUACAAGCUGGUGCCCAGCCACACCGGGCAGCAGGUGCACCGCCGCUACAAGCACUUUGACUGGCUCUAUGGGCGGCUGGCCGAGAAGUUCCCCGUCAUCUCCGUGCCUCACUUGCCAGAGAAGCAGGCCACCGGCCGUUUUGAGGAGGACUUCAUCUCCAAACGUCGCAAAGGCCUGGCCUGGUGGAUGGACCACAUGUGCAGCCACCCUGUGCUGGCUCAGUGCGAUGCCUUCCAGCACUUCCUCACCUGUCCCAGCACGGAUGAGAAGGCCUGGAAACAAGGCAAGCGCAAGGCUGAGAAGGAUGAGAUGGUGGGUGCCAACUUUUUCCUGACCAUCAGUGUCCCCACGGGCCCUGGGGCCAGCCUGGACUUGCAGGAGGUGGAAAGCCAGGUGGAUGGCUUCAAAGCCUUCACAAAGAAGAUGGAUGAGAGCGCCCUGCAGCUUAAUCACACGGCCAAUGAGUUUGCCCGCAAACAAGUCACUGGUUUCAAGAAGGAAUACCAGAAGGUGGGGCACUCCUUCAAGUGCCUCAGUCAGGCAUUUGAGCUGGACCAGCAGGCCUUUUCAGCUGGCCUCAACCAAGCCAUAGCCUUCACUGCAGAAGCCUACGACGCCAUCGGGGACCUCUUUGCGGAUCAGCCCCGGCAGGACCUAGAUCCUGUGAUGGAUUUGUUAGCGCUGUAUCAGGGGCAUCUGGCCAACUUUCCAGACAUCAUCCACGUCCAGAAAGGAGCCCUUACCAAAGUUAAGGAGAGUAAGCGGCAUGUGGAAGAGGGGAAGAUGGAGCUCCAAAAAGCUGAGGGCAUUCAAGAACGCUGUAACAUUAUUUCUUUUGCCACCCUAGCAGAAAUUAAUCAUUUCCACAAAAUCCGUGUGAGGGACUUCAAAUCACAGAUGCAGCAUUUCUUGCAACAGCAAAUACUCUUUUUUCAAAAAGUGACACAAAAGCUAGAAGAGGCUCUUCACAAGUAUGACAGUGUUUAAUCUCUGAACUUUGAUUUGCGGACUUCCCUCAGCAUGGAGGUGACCCAGGCGGCAGAGCAGACGCUGCUGCUGCUGCUGAAGAGCUGUUGCCAGUGGUAGACGGUGGUACAAGGAUGGUUUUGUGUUCACCUGGAACCCUGGUUUAAUCUCCGAUUAUGUAGAAAGGAAACAGUUAUAGGGCUAUGUAGUAGAAACAGUACCACGCAUUGUAACUAAGUUAUACUGUGUAUGCCUACACUACCAUUGUAAUUUUUUUGAAAUAAUAAGUAUACUAUUUGCCUUAUUGCUUUUUGAAAUAUGGUAUUUUAGUGCAUACUUUGUAGACCUCAAAACCCUUUGGGUCUUUAAGGAAGCUGGCUAGAUAAAAGCCUGCUUCAGAUGCCUUUUUACUUUCCUAGAGUUGGAUUUCCUAAAUUCAAAUGAUUCUCUGUUUACAGACUCCUACUAGAGCAGCUAUGUGAUUCUGUGCCUUUAGACUCUAUUUUUCCUUUUCUAGUAAGUCACAUUUUUAUGAUUGAAUGAAUGAAGGGUUGAUGCCUAUGACAGGAACUGAUUGUGAAACCUCACAUUGACUGGAAAAAAAUCAGCUGCCAUCCAGUUUGCACAGCAAGUACUGUCUUACGACAAAUGUUGGCUUAAAAAGGAGAGCUUAAAUCUUUUCACACUUUCACUGAAAAUGCAGACUACUUGUUACAUGUACUAGGACGUUAAGCACAUAUAGAGAAAUACACCACUUAAUCCCCUUUCCAAAAUGAAUAAUACAGUAAGGGGUGUGGUUUGUUUUUUUUUUUUUUUUAUAGUAUACAGCAUUACUGUGAGUGGAAAUUUGAAGAGCUAGCCUAAUAAAAAUGACGUUAUGUCAAGGGGAUAUUGAAUGCAAGCUAUGUGGCUGGAACAUUUUUUUAAGUUUGAAAUGAUCUGCUCAUUGUUCAGUGGCUGAUUCAGUUUAACUUCAGACUUGCACCUACAUUGCCAGUUGUCUGAGUUGAAACUCCACUGUGAUUCAUCAGUUUACUAAGUCACAAAUUUUCAGGGAUGUUCAGUAAUAUAAAUGACCUGAAAAAAGUCUUGGCUGAACUGACUUGGAAAACAGGUGACAUUUUUAUGUUUGUAACACUCAAGAAUUAACAAUUGUCUUAAUUUUUGUAUAAAUAUUUUUGACAAGCAGGGUGCAUUUAUAUAUAUGUAAACACUAUCUUUUAAAGAGUUUUAUGGCUUAUUUCCCUCAAAUUAAGUCUGAAGUCUGUGUUUCUUACUGAUUGGUUUCCUUCUUACAGGUCAGUAUGAAAGAGGGGUUUUAUUUAUCCUAUUUUUUUUCUCCUAAACAAAAAUAACAAAACCUUCCAAGGAAGCAAAAUGUUUACUUUUCUGUUUUUAAUUAAAUUAAUCAAAGAUAGCUUAAACAAAUGAAAGCCUGGAAAAAGAAAGUUAAGGAACAGUUACAUUUAAGUACAAAUCAUUCCUCACCUACACAGCAGAAAUGUGCAGUUCUUUCUCUCAAUCGUGAGUUUCUGUAGCUUAAGCCCACACCUCUGUUUUAGAGGAACAGAUAUAAGAAUGUAGUUUUGGUUUUCAGAUUUGGUUUAAGGUUCAUCCCCAAAUGCUUGGAGAUUGCUAUUUCGCAUAAGUUGUGUUUGGCAGUGCUUCUAGUACAUAGCCAAAGAAGUAAAAUACAGAAUAAUGAGGAGGAAAAAAACAGUAUUUGUAAAAGAAAGGACAAUCAGUGAGGAAAAACUCAAUUUCCAGGCUAUUGAAAGAGUGCUGCAAACAACAACAAGGUUGACCAUAAAAUAAGGACCAUAGUCAUAGGGCUGACUUGCUCUGUAUCUUCCUCACGGUGUCUUGUUCUACAUUCAAAACUCAUCACUUCCCUAACAGCUCUUCCCAGCAAUACACCAGCUUCCUAUAUGUCAUUUAAUUAUGUGAGAUAGUGAUGAGCUAGGUUUGAGCUGAGUUCCAUGGCUUAUGUUUGCUCAAGCCAGAUACUGUUUUAUUAAAUGUCUUUGCAGUAAUAAGAUCAGGCUACAAUCAAAUUAAUUCUACAUGGAUAUAUUAAGACCUGUUCAGAAAUUGAUCUUGGUCCAGUUGAAGUAUUCUAGAAGGUUAGUAUUAAUGACAUGUAUGUGUCCAGGCGGAAAUUAAGCUGUGAUAUGUAUACAUACAUUAUCAGACAGGUACAGUUUUCCCAAAUAAACUGUCAUGGCCUUCACCUUACUUUCUCAUUUGUGAAUUUUUGGGGUAGGAGGAAGGUGGGGGUGCUAAUUGGUUAAGCUUGAUGUACGAAAAAAGCUUGACUGGAAUCCUGGAUCUGAGUUGUUGGAGAGUUUGGAAAGGUUCAGAUCUGCACCCCUAUUAGCAUCUUCCUUUUUUCCUCACGCAUUAUAGAGUUGGAGUUAAACUGAUGUAGGGAGUCCAGAUUCCAUUAAUGCUUACUGCACUAUGCAAGAACUACGGUUUUAAUUGUAUUUGGAACAAGUGUGACAUUGACCACUCAUGACUGAUGGACUACUGGAUGGUGUGGUCUGACAUCCGAAUGUACUCUGCAGUAAAGUGAAUGGAUAUUCUGUAGGACUGUGGAAGCAUCAAAGGAAAUCUAACAGAAUCCUUUUAAAUAAAUAAAUAAAUGUGGAGGAAAGCAAAUUAGCUCUAUAGCAUAAUGUUAAAUGCCUUUGUUUUAUUCCCUUCCUGUAAUUUAUUUUUGAUGCAUCGCAAUUUUUGCAUUGGCAAGUAGUAAGUAUCUGAUAUACUUGUUGGGGGCUAGAGAGGUUGAUUUUGAAGCUGCAAGAAGAUCCACUGAGGUAUUGGUGUCUGUUAAAGUGCUGAAUCCAUUGAAAACCAUGGAAUCAACCCAUCAGGGGAAUAUGUCUACUUAGAAUCACCAGCAAGUUGUAUGUGAAUGUUUUUAUUCAAAUUGUAGGGUUAAUUUGGAAAUUAACAACCUGAUAAAAUGAUCAGGUCACUUUGUUUCCUACCCCUUUUGCUGUCUGAUGCUUGCAGAGCAGACAGUUGCCUCUAUUUAUGACUUGUGCAUGUUUUAUAGAUUCUCUAUACCAGAUUCAGCAUCCAAUGGCAUGGUACGCUUGAUUUUGAAGCGUAGAGAGAUCAGUGGGAAAAUUGUGUGGUGAUGAAACAUUCAAGACAAGCGCCAGCAAACUCUGAAAAAAAAUAUUCAAAAUGAAAGAAUAUGUUGCAUAUAAAAUUGGUAUGUUUUUAGAAAAUGUUAAUCAACUGCUUACACUGCAAAUUUCACAGGUAUCCUGUGUCACCUGAGGCACAGGUAUCUUUUUUGUGAAUUACAAGACCCUGUUUGCAGUACCUUAGUAUUUUGCCAGACCUUCACUAUUCCAUCUAAGCUCUACUGUGCUGGUUGUCUAUUCCAGCCUGAAUUCUUCUGGGAAACUUAAAUAAAAGUUGUUUAGCUAUUUCUCAGAAGAAGAUCAUAAAAAAAAAAAAAAGUUUUCUCCUCUUAAAUUCUCCAAACAGUUUUGCUGGAAAGCUUGAAUUCUUCCAUACAAGGACUUGAAAUUUGGCAGACUCAUUACUUUUUGCAUCUUAGAUAUGUCUGCUGCACUGCCUUUGAAAAUUUUUCCAAGUGUUUCCAAGUUAAACUAAGGUUUCUCCAGGCCCUGUUGUGCUCAAGUUUGACAGAUAAAUUUUCUGUAGCUCCCCUUUUGCUCCCCGCAGGCUUGGUUCUAACCUCGGCCAGCAGUGGCUGAGUGAGACUUCCUUGUAAUUGUUUUUCCCUUCAUCCAGAAGGCGCUGAACCUCACAGAGCAGAAGCUGAAUAAAGAAGCUGUCGGUAGGUCCCGGUGUGGCUGCUCUUUGAGCCUGGUCAUGGGAGGAGAGAAGCAGCAGCCCGGAAUAGAAGUUUGAACGUGGGCCUGGCAGCUACAGCAACGUGGAGCUUGGCGAUAGUUGGGGAGGAGCACAUGGGGACAAAGGACAAGGGCAAGGACAGAAAGACCUGUGACUAGAAAAGCCUGUUCUUUCAGAUCUGAUUAUACCUUGGGCUUCCAAAGCUCCGUGUCCUCUUGCUGUUAUUUUAAAUAGCCAUAAUAAGCAGGCACAACAUGGGUACCUUAAGUUCUUGUGGUGGUGAGGACGGCAACAUUUUGUUUCUCUCAUUAGACAUUACUUUCUUUGCUCAAUGGUCAAAGGUCUGAAUAUGUCGGUUGAAAAGUUUAACUCUGUUGAUGAACAGCACAUUUCAGGGCUGAAGGAGAUGCCGUCAUGCAGGCUCUGUGAGGCAGCGCUAUGGGUGUCAGUAGGGAGCCGUAUGUUCUGUUACCUGUUUUUUUCUUGGGGAGGGAAGAAGCAGUCUAUUUAGGAAGUUGCACACAACAAAAAAGCUAUAUUAAAGAAUCAUGAUCAUUCAGUAAAAAAAAAAAAAAAGGAAAUUUCACAGUGAAAGUUGCCUGUGUAACUAAUAUAGCAAGGCACAUCACGGUCACAUAACUGUUUUUCCACCACUUCCCUGCGUGAUUCAGUGUACAGGAUAUACAGCAGUCUCCUCGUCAACGGAGGUCUUUCAGGGAGGGUGUUGUCUGUAUAAUCCUUACCUAUUCUGCAGCAUCGGUUGUACUCUGCACAGUGAGAAAGAAAGGCAGCGUGAAGAUCGAGUAAGGGUCUCCCUCAGCCUGCAGUGGUGCUCAGGGGACUCGGCUCUGUCCUUGCCUCCAGCCAAGUUCUUUGCAACAUAAGCCACACAAAAUAAAUAAUUUGUAUGAAGGGUGUGCUCUCCAUUUUGUGUAGGCUUGAGUUUAAACCCAGGACUUUUUCUGAAAAAAGUGCUGGGCAUUCAUAGUUUUCGCUGAACAUUAUGGACAUUCUGCUUUGAAUAGAGAAAAUGCUACAAAAUGCAAAGUUUUCUGGAAAAAAAAAUAAUCAGGAAUUCAUUACUUUAAGUAGACCACCACAAAUCAGAGCACACUUGUAAUCAGCUGCAAAAGGGGAAUAAUAAACCCAGCUCAUUUUGCUGGAAUGUUGCAAAUAUAAACUCCUUGAAAUAAAGUGUUUUCAGACGUUGCUUUAUUAAGGUUUGUUGUUUUUUUUUUUUAAAAAAAAAAACUCUCCUAAGGAAAUUAAUACUUAGUCUUCAGGAUGAGGUAUGAAUAUUAUUUGGGAAAUAAGGGAUGGGGCCAUGUGUAGAGCAGCAAAGUAGAAUAAGCCUCUAGAGGAAUCUCAGUCAGGUACUGUUCACAGUGAAUGGAAAGAGAAAGGCCUUCCCAGAAAAAUCAUAUGCGAUCAUGUCAUUGGAACCCAUUUUUGAAGCAUAUUCACUGGGAAGCUGAAUUAGUCACAUGGUUUAACUUA